UGCAGAGGAGGAGAGGACUCACACACGCUCACGCUCGCACAGGGUGCGCACUCGGAGCCGUGGCGAGGUCAGCGGCUCUUCUUCACUUUCCUCCUCCUCCUCCUCGGCAGCAGGAGAAAAUUUUGCGCGCAGACGAAGGAGCUCCACGCGCGCAGUCGCUCCGUGUUUGAAUUAGUCCUUCACAAAAAAGCAGUUCCUGAACUGAAUCCGGGACCCGUUUGGACAAACUGACAGCUUUGUGUUGAUAAACAGUGAAGAGGAGCAACCAGAAAAGAAGAGGUAUUUGAACCAACAACUCACCAGGUAUGGCGGCUGUGUUGCCGAGAACCCUGGGUGAGCUGCAGCUCUACCGGAUUCUGCAGCGGGCCAACCUGCUCUACUACUACGAAGCCUUCAUCCAGCAAGGUGGUGACGAUGUCCAACAGCUGUGCGAGGCCGGCGAGGAGGAGUUCCUGGAAAUCAUGGCUCUUGUCGGCAUGGCUAGUAAGCCUCUACACGUGCGCCGCCUCCAGAAAGCGCUGCGAGACUGGGUCACCAACCCGGCCAUCUUCAACCAGCCGCUCACUUCGCUGCCGGUCUGCAGCAUCCCCGUCUACAAGCUGCCCGAGGGCUCGCCCACGCUGCUCAACGCUCAAGACAGAGCCAACACCGCCAGUGUCAAGUUACCCAAAGCCAUCGCUGCCGCCUGCUCCGACCCAGGGAAGUUGGAUGUGGCCAGGGACAAAGUUUCUGCCGGGUCGCCCCUGCAGGGAAGCAGCGAGGUCCGAUUCUGGUCGGGUCACAGCAACGACAGCGAGCACAGCCUGUCUCCGUCAGAUCUGGGCUCUCCAUCCUCACCCAGAGACGCUCUGGAGGCGUUGGAUGCAGCAGCGGUACAGUCGGUCCUGGAGUGCGUGGACCGGAUGGCUCCUGGACUCCCAAAGACAGACCUGGCCGAGGUCAAAGACCAACUGAAGAGCAACAAGAAGCUGGCAAAGAUGAUCGGACACAUCUUUGAGAUGAGCGACGAUGAUCCCCGCCGGGAGGAUGAAAUUCGGAAGUACAGCGCCAUCUACGGACGCUUUGACUCCAAGAGGAGGGACGGGAAACACCUGACACUGCAUGAGCUGACAGUGAACGAAGCAGCGGCACAGCUCUGCAUGAGGGACGUGGCGCUGCUGACGAGACGGGACGAGCUGUUCGGACUGGCUCGGCAGAUUUCCAGAGAGGUCACCUACAAAUACACUUACCGGACCAGCAAGUCUCGGUGUGGUGACAGAGAUGAACCUUCGCCUAAAAGGAUUAAAACAGAGGAGAACUUCUUUGACAUCCAGGAGGCCUUACAGGCCAUCCACAUGAGGCAGGAGAUGCUGAGGGAGCAGCUGGCCUGCGCCAAGUCCAAAGGGGAGGAAACGGUUGGACGAAACCUACAGAUGCAGCUGGAGCGCCUGCUGGCAAGGCAAAUGGAGAUUCUGCAGGACGCCGCGGUCCAGGAGCGCCUGCAGGCACUAGACUGGAGGAUCCCCCCUGCCGCCCUGAAGUACCUCAGCGACGCUCAGAACACCAACGGUGUCGCCGCCGCCGACGUCAGCAGAGACGGCCAAGAUGAUCGACCAAUCAACUUGCGGGUUGUGAGUCAGACCAUGCAGGAGGGGGAGCUCCCGCUAGGAAAGCAGCUAGCCAAUGAGCUGAAGCGCCACCACAACCACAACCAUAACACCAACAACAACAACAACAUCAGCAGCACAGAUGAGACCAAAACACAAGCAACAGAAAACGGAACAUCACACCGAGCACCAAGCUCAACGGAUAAGAAAACUAUCAAAUCAGAGCCGGAAGACUCAACAUAGUGCCUCCCGCUUCCCCACCAACCCUCACCCCCACCCCAUUGUUGUCCUCCUCAUACCUGACAGUAUGCAGUUCCUACCCGUCAGUAGAUACUAAGCAAGCACAGCCACAGUAGAGCCUUAACAACCGAUGUUGCCUCAUGGAUAGCAUUUCCUUUUUUUUCCUUUUCUCUUUUGUUUUUUUACAAAAUUUGCCAAAGCACAUGAAGAGCACGCUGGGACGCCCCCUUUGCCCCAAGGGGUGUCCUGCGGCGAGUAGACUCUUUACCUCUGUCAAGCUUUGUUUCUGUUGUUUUUUUAAGUUUUAUUUUUAUGUGGAGAAAUGCGGGGGCUGAAUCUUAACCUCAGAUUUGUUUUUUUCUCUGACCUAUGGAAAGGUUCGGCUCAUAUUUAUGAUGUCAUAACACUAUGACACGCCCCCUUUUGUCCUCUCCAUAAUCCAUCACUAAACGAGUCCUCUACAAUUUAAAGAAAGUAGAAGUAGUUCCUCUUCCUCCAUGUCCAAGCCCUUAGGUGUUUUUGUUUUGACAUUUUUGUUUGUGAUUGUACAAAAUCCAAAUAUUUGGUCUCAAAAACAUUUUUAUUUUUUUUUAGUAUUAGUUUGAACCAAUUUAGGGCGUUUUUUCUAAUCCGCUGUCAUUCCACAAAAGAUGGGACAGAUUUUAUUCCUUCAUUCAGUGAUCCGUCUUUUUAGAAGGAACUCCAUCAAUACGAAUGAAAAGAUUAAAAGAGCGACACCCUAGUGGUAGCUUACUGUGAGGGCAUAUGUUAUUUUUUCAUACAAAAAAAUAAAGUUGAUUCUAAAAAUGAUGAAGCAGCAAAGGUGCCACUCAAGAAUAAAGUCUUCAUCACCACAGUUCUCCGUAAAAGCAAAACAAAAAGAUAAAUGUAUCGUACUUUCCGCACUGUAGGACAAAUUCGAUUAUGAGGCGUACCGUUAAUAAAUGGUCUGUUUUUUAACUUAGGUAUAAUAUAUAAAGCGCAUUAAGCAAGACAAAAGAGUCAGAGAUAAGUCCAUCAGUCAGUCAGACUUUAUUAACUGCAGUCACAGUAAUGCUAGACUUUUGUGACACGCUACACAUUAGCGUGUUAGCAUAUUUAUAUUGACAAUAACAUUCAAUCUUUUUUGCGUCUUGUAAAAAACUGACUGAAACCUCUAAAAUAAAGUGUUACUGUGACUACGCUAAUGCUUUAAGAAAUUUAAAAAAAUUAGUCCGACACGGCUUCAUGUUAGCCGAGUUAGUGUUUUCACACUAACACCCGUCCUAGUUUGUAACACAUUAAAAUAUAGACUGAUGCCAGUAAAACAGAUGUUACUGCGACUACGCUAACUCCGAACCUUGUUAGUAAUACGUAAAAAAUAAAAAACAGUCUGGCACUGCUACAUAUAAGCGUUAGCAUAUAUGUGAAAUACCUGAAACACCCUAACUUGCUUGCAAGACUUCAGAAACUGACUGAUUACACAAAAACAAAUUUUACUGCAAAAAUGCUAACUCCCAACCUUGUCAGUAACGUAAAAAUAAACUGUCUGACACCGCUACACAUUAGCCCCAUUAGCUUAUCAAGAAUAACACCCAACUUUGCUUGUAUCACACAAAAAUAAACAAAUACAGCCACGACACAACUACGUCUACUUAACUUCCAACCUUGUUAGUAACACAUAGAAAACUAAAAGUCAGGCACUGAUACAAGUUAGCCGUGAUAGCAAUUUCAUAACUCCCAACCUAGUUUGCAACACAUGAAAAGAGACUCUUACCGCUAAAACAAACAUUACCGUCACUACGCUAACCCUCAACCUUGUUAGUAAAAUGUGAAAAAAUAAAAACAGUUCGACUCUGCUACAUGUUAGCCACGUUAGCAUUUUCAUAACUCCCAACCUAGUUUGCAACAUGUAAAACAAAAAAUUACUACAGCUAAAACAAAUGUUACUGUGACUACUCUAACAUGUAGAAGAAAAAGAACCUUUCAACACUGCUACAUGUUAGCCGCGUUAGCAUAUUUAGAAUAACACCCAACCAAAUAUGUUGAUAGAGCGCCGUGUUUAUUCAGUAAACAAAACCAGAAUCAGUCCAUAAAUAAGACGCUCUGUCCUUUUUUAAAUAAAUUAACAGUUUUAAGUGAACGCCACAGUGCGGAAAAUACGGUACAUGAUAGCCAUGACAGCAACGGGGUCUUUCACAUGAGGAUUCGUAUGUGAGGAAUUGAACUGAGUUUAAAAAGACAAGUUAAAAUGUGGCCCCCGCCUGUAGUUUUUGCAAAGGUUUUGUGUCAUUCAAAACGGGCAACCAGGAGAGGCGGGGAUCCUCCCCCAUUUUUUUUUUGCCUCCACCCCCCCCUCGACCAUCCAGCUCUUGUCCUGUGUAUAUUUCCGGAAAGUAAUUUACGGCGAGGCUGUACAGUGGAGUAGCAGCGAGGGACCUCCGCCGUUCAUUCCUGGCAAGCUGGAGGCCAAGCGUUUCAUUUCACUUUGUAAUUUAGCAAAAAACAAACCAACAAAACAACCUGUUGUUGAGUAGAAACCACGCAUCUACCAGCGAGGGUGGUGGUGGAGGAGUCUCCCAGCAGAAACUAUAAAGGAGAAGCAGCCUGUAAAUACAAACCGAUAGCCUAAUCUGUCCAGCAGGGGGAUCUUUUUUUUUUUUUUUUCCUUGUCUGGUGUAACUUUAGCUGUAAUUUUUUGGUGUCAAAACAGUGUUUCUGUGUUGUAGAGAAGAAAAAACAAACAUGUUUGCUAUAUCUAAAAAAAAAAAAAAGAACCAAAAAAGAGCUUUAUAGCCUGCGUUUGUUGAAACCAUGUAAAAGUAGAAAGCGUGGUUGUGCGUGUCUUUCCUGUAAAUACAACCCCCUCGUCCAUCAUAGUUGGGCUCUCCCUGGAGCCCCCGAUGCAAUAUUUAUGUAAGUCAGUGGUGUGUUCACGUGUCUGCCAUCAGGCUGGGAAUCCGUUUAUCGUCCAGUGAUAGAUUAGGCUUCACCUGGUUAUGCACCUGUUUUUAAACACUAAUAUAUUUUAUUUGUUAUACGGCACAUGAACAUUAAACUUUAUUUUUUUUAACU